AUGUCUGUAUCCGGCCUCCAAUAUGAUUCGGAGUUCGCCGAAGUAUUGGCUCCAAUCAAAUCUGGCCGCCCCUCUAUCCCUCCUAAGACAGCCGUCGACAUUCGCCGUAACAAUCACGCUUUAUUUGACAAAUUAUUCCCAAAACCACCAUCUUCAGAUAUCAUCCAGCAGAAGGACUACAUCGUUGAAAGCCACGACGGUGCGCGGAUCCUUCUGCGUCGUUAUGUCAAACCGGACAUCCUCGAGGUUAAAGAACCUCAACCCGCAAUCCUAGCAAUCCACGGAGGCGGUUUCGUAUCAGGCAGUGUGGAAGACUGCGGUGGACUCAACGCAGAAAUGGCACUUCAAACAAGCAGACCAGUGUUUGCUGUUAAAUAUCGUCUUGCGCCUGAACAUCCUUUUCCGGCAGCGGUGGAGGACAGUUUUGCAGCUCUAAAGUAUCUUUCAGAUCAUGCAGAAGAGCUUAACAUCGAUUCCAAACGCAUCUGCGUACAGGGAGCGAGUGCAGGGGGUGGUAUAGCUGUGGGGAUUGUACUCCUGGCCAGAGAUAGAGAUCUCAGCCCCCCAGUAGCAAAGCUGGUAGCUCUGACUCCCGAGUUGGAUGAUCGAACAUGUCAUCCAGCAGACACAGAGUUUCUCAAGUUCACCACGUGGACACCGCACCACAAUCGACUCGCUUGGAAAGCAUACGCGGAUGUUUCGCCUUAUGCGGCACCGGCGAGGGCGGAAAGCUAUAAAGGAUUUCCUCCCACAUACGUUGAUGUCGGCACGCUGGACUUGUUCCGAGACGAGGACUUGGGGUUUGUAAAGAGGCUGAUGGAAGAUAAUGUCGAGGUUGAGUUUCACCUCUGGCCUGGUGUACCUCAUGUAUUCGAGUACCUAGGACCUGGGACAAGAUGGCCUCAGCGAGCCAAAGAAGCUCGAAUUGAUGCACUAAUGCGGUUCUAG